CGCAGUUGAGAAUUUAUUUAUUUGUUUAUUUGUUUGUUUUGCUGACAGGUGAAGAUGAAAGCAAGUUAAAAUGUGUGCAGUUUGAUUAUGUUAUACAACGGCCUGCCAAAAGACGGAACCAGUUUAAUGGAGCAGACGAGAGGAAGUGGCUGUUGAUGCAGUUCCACACCUUUCCGGUGUAGCAGGAGUGCGGCCAGCUCCAGUUAAAGAAGGAAGACAAGAGCUGAGUAAAUUUAUCGAGUCUGGAGGGAAAUAAACGGUGCGACCAGAGUUUCCUGAGUGGGCCUUUUCUAACCGAGUCACUGGGAUUUGUUUCUACCGUAAUCGUCCCUUUGAGCGCGGUGUGACCGCCCGUCGCGACCUCCUUUGAAGAAGCCGCAUAUAGCGGCAGUUUCUCCCCAGGCAGCAGUGUACUGAACAAGGGCGCACCCGGUGAGGAGAACCGCCUCAUACAACUAACACCAGGAGAAAAUCACCUUCAGCAUCGCGGCUUUUUUGGAGGGCCUCUUAACACACGCUGAGUAUCUCUGUCCCACGGCCAGUGUUUGUCCCAAAUAACUUUAUUUUUGUUUAGUUUUAAAGACAAUGACUAGCCUGCAACUGCUGCUGCCAAGUUCCUAGUCCCACUGUGUCAUGCUGUUUGUAGGCUCACGCAGAGGUUUGAUCAUCUGAACUUUAAUGUUUUUGCGCUCAAAAGGAUCCUGACAGGCUUCCCGGAAAACUAUAGUAAUCCUUUUUAGGUUUGAAUAUGUGUUUUUGAUUUUUGGCCCAAAUAUCCCUUUUUUUUAUUCACGCUUUCACCAAUACUGAAAUCAAACACCUACAAAUACAUUAUCAGACUUUUUUUUUCCCCUUUGGAACAAAAUAUUUAUGCCCAAGAGUUCAAAAUGGGGAAAAUGCUCUCAAAGAUCUUUGGCAACAAGGAGAUGAGAAUAUUGAUGCUUGGACUGGAUGCUGCUGGGAAAACAACAAUCCUUUACAAACUGAAACUGGGACAGUCUGUGACCACAAUCCCUACAGUUGGCUUCAAUGUGGAAACAGUCACUUACAAAAACGUCAAGUUCAAUGUCUGGGAUGUCGGAGGCCAGGACAAGAUCCGUCCGCUGUGGCGACACUACUACACAGGCACCCAGGGCUUAAUUUUUGUAGUGGAUUGCGCAGACAGGGAUCGCAUAGACGAAGCGAGACAAGAACUUCACCGCAUCAUUAACGACCGGGAGAUGAGAGAUGCCAUCAUCUUGAUAUUUGCCAAUAAGCAAGACCUUCCAGAUGCCAUGAAGCCACAUGAAAUCCAAGAGAAGCUGGGUUUGACCCGCAUCAGAGAUCGGAAUUGGUACGUUCAGCCCUCCUGUGCAACCACGGGCGAUGGACUGUAUGAGGGGCUGACGUGGCUAACCUCAAAUUACAAAUCUUAAUGAGUGCUGACUGUUUUAGGUCAAAGCAUCCAAAAAAAGUAACAAUUUCUCAAAAAAUGUGUACGGUUAAGAAAAAUUGAUAAUCUUCAUUUAUUUUGUUUAUCCCUUGACUAAUUUAUCUUUAGCUGGGUUUGCUGGCUUAAAGUUUGCUUGUGUUCUGCAGCAGGCCUGAAUUACAGUUAUUAAUGGGGCUUGCUUGAAUAUUGAAACAAUUGGUCCUAAGGUUUAAAGCUAUAGAGAUCACCACAUUUGCCUAUUUUCUUCCUGUUUUAUAUAGUUUAUAUUAUUCUAAGUUUUUAAUCUUUAUUCUCUGAAGCUGUUAUGUCUUUGUUCAAGUCGGAUCACUUAUUUUUCUUCAACAGUCAGCGCUUUAAUGUCGUGUAGCCUACUCGAAGGACUUGGGAAGUUUUGUUAACAGUACUGUGGCAAAAAACAGGAGGGGGUGAAAUCUGGAGAGAAAAAAACGACUUUUCAGUCAUUAGUCAUCAAAGAAAAAACACAAUUUGUUACCCCCUCUGAACUUUUUAAGUGGGCUAUCCAGUUAACUGAUUGACCAUUUUGUGUCAUGUCUUGAUAUCUAAUUGUGCUGAGUAUUAAACAAAUAGGCCACCAGUAACAGAAACAUGCUUGUGGAAAUGCAUUUUUUAAAUGACGGUAGUUGGCUCAAUCUUUCCAAAGGAAUGUCAUUCAGCUCUGAAAUCGCAACCUGAUCUCACGGUUGGUUAGUCUCAGUGAUUGGGACAUUAUAUGAUAGCCUAUAUCUGUAGCAUGAGUACAUCAAGUACAUUAACCCUACCUACAUCAGAGUCCAUCUGUCGGUGCAGUCAGGGAGAGCCGUUAUCUGGUGAGGUCGACACUCUGGGGUGCAGCGCUUACUCCUGUUUUGACUGGGGAACUGUACACAGAACAAUGUCAUUGUAAUGUAUUAUUAAAAAAACAAUUUUAAAUAA